UUAUUUUCUUUAUUAUAAAAGAAGAUCACACAUACAUUAAUGUUAUCACGUAUAAUAUCAUAUUACAUUUUAUUUUAUAAAAUGAGAUUUAAAUCCAUUUGAAUGGUAUAAAAAUUAAUUUAAUUAUUAACAAAGCAAAAUAACACACUUCAGUCCAUUUCGGUAAAAAACAAAAAUAAUAAUGCAUAAAAACUACUCCAAGAUAUAUGUACAUAAAAUUUAACUCCAAAAAUAUAUAUUUGGGGUACUCACAACGUGUCUUAAAGCAUCGUAAAAUCAUAAAGUCAUAACUUUUUAUGCUAGUGUAAAAAAUUUGUUGUUGGAUUGCAUACUAAAAUAAGUUUACGCAAAUACGACUCUGAACGCUAUGUAUUCGGUUCGUCAUAACUGAUCAGCUGAUUUCUGUUUACAUAAGUUUACUUUUGUGUUGUGGUUACAUUUGUGUUUGAAUUUAAAUUUCUUUCAAAUUUCUUUUGUCGAGGGUUUUCGGAAUAAUGGAGCAAUAUAAUGUUAUACAGACAAAAGCAAAGCGGGUGCGUUCCAACCCAACCAGAAAGUGGCUGUUUGAAGAAGAAAAGGCGUUAAUUGAAUUUUUGACACAAAACAGGGAUUUUGAGAAACCAACGUCUCAAUUGUAUUAUAGACGAUUUUCAAACGAGAGCAACAUUGCGGUGGACUGGAAGCUGACACGCUCGAAGGUUCGUUAUAUGCGUACAACAUAUAACAAAGCAAAAGCAUGGGAAGGUUCGACAGGUGCAGGGAGUAUGGAAGGCGAAACUAUGAAGGCCACUUUACUUAAAAUGUGUACGUUUUUUUAUGAAAUGGAAGAAAUUUUCGGCAGUAGAGUGGUUGAGUCAGCAGUGAUAAACGAAAGUUUGGAAAACAACGAAAACUAUUCGGAAGUAGACCUCAACGAGUCAGCGUCUUCUGCGGCUGUAUGCGAAGGCGAAGGCAUAGAUAAGACAAUUCGUAAAGGAAUAUAUUCCAGAACUGCGGCAUCAGAUAUUCUGCAAUUUCAGUCUGAAAUGAUACAGCUGAAAAAGCAGAAAAUGGAGCAAGAAUUGAGUUUUAAGGAGAAAGAGUUGGAAUUAAGAGAAAGAGAAUUGAGGAUUAAAGAAAAAGAAGUAGAGUUAAGGGAAAAGCAAGAAUUAUUACUAAAAGACAAAGAAAUGGAGAUGAAACUAAAAGAAUUGGAAAGUAAUGAAAAAAUAAAAAUAAUGGAAAUACAAAUGAAAGAAAGAUUGGCAAUGGAAGAAUUGAAACACAAAUACAAAUAA